GGUUUAAGCCCAGCCCAUUCUGAAUAUGUAAAUGUCUCAGGCACAGAGAAAAACACAGCAAGAGAAAAGCGAGGAGGGGAGCAGCAUGAAAAAGUGAGUGAGCGAUCAAGGGAAAGAGAGCAAGGGAGUGAGGGAAAGAGAGCGAGCACUCUGAAUUGUGAGUGGCUUACGACACUCAGUGAACAGAAGGUGCUUCUGCAUGCGCUGUCAGUGUACUGCUCUGCUGCAAGGGAUUGCGCGCUCCUUUGCUUCCCACAUUUACCGCCCCUGCCUGACGACCAGCACCAGCCUUCAGCAGCCUCUUCCAGCUGGCUGAGAAAACACCCGGAGAGCAAGGGAGUGAACGAAAAAACUGCAAGCCACGGGGGGAUGCGAGCGAGGCUUCUUUAACCGAGAUGAGCCGCUGAGAUGACGAGGAAUACUGUUACACAAGAAAACAGUGAACAGGGUUCACCUCUUUAAAUCCUUCUUGCUUUUUUUUUUUUUCUCCCCUCUUGCAUCCGUCACUGAAAGCAUGAUAACCCGCUUGAAUGGAUUUAAACCUUACAAGUCAGUGAUUGCUUCAAGAGAUGGACGAUGAUAUGUGUUGACAUCUGCUGAAACUUAAGCAGGAAGGGGGAGGAGAAAAGAGCAAGGCAGAUAUUUAGAAAAGAUUUUUUCUUGGUCUUUUUCUUUUUUUCCCUUUCACUGGUUGUCUCUUCUCCCCUCUGAUCAUUGCAGCAGAGGACUGCGGAGGAGCAAAAGAGACAGAGCUCAUGCAUGCAGACAGGGGAACUUGCACUUCCUACCAUCUCGCUGAAAGCUACUUGGAUUCCUUCUCUUUCUGGCUCUUUCACUUGAGGAGAACUAAGACAUUGUAAGCCUGCCAAGGAUCUGGUGUCCACUGAAAAGAGCGAAGGGAGGGGGGGAGAAUUUGUACCACAGUGGGGUCUUUUUUAGAUUCGCACAUAAUUAGUGUUGGGGCACAAAGCGAGACGCUGAAUGGAGAUUGUCAGCUUUUGGAUAGGGGUGAGUAGGAACCUUUUCAAAUAAGAUCGAUCAAUGAGGACAAUUUUAUUUUUUUUCCAUCCCCUCUGCUCUCCACCCACUGCUUGAUAUCUAACAUAAGCAAAGAGACUUGCCCUUUAUCCUUUUGUUUUUUCGACACGGACUCCCUUGGUUGACAAAAUAAAAGAAAUAUAAUCACUGCCUGCAGAUUAAAUACAGAAACGGAACAAAAUAGAUGAUUAAAUUAAUUAAAUAUGAUGUGAUGAAUAUGAUGUGAUAAGUGCAAAAAUAAUAUCCAGAGUGGUUCAAUGGACAUUUUCUCAGUGGCAUCCCUGGAUAUUUAUGCUAAUGGAUUUCCUUCUAAUUGGACUGUACUUAAAGUGGCCACUGAAGAAGCCCCCUGGGUUGAUACUGUGUUUAUUGGGCAUUUUUCUAAGAACGGUUCCCUUGGUAGAGGGGGUUUGUCCAAGGCUGUGCCGCUGCGACAGCAAGCUGCUGUACUGCGAGGGGCUCAACCUCACAGACAUUCCCCGCAAUCUCAGCAGCGCCAUGGGCCUGUCCAUGAGAGAGAACAACUUGACCGAGCUGCGUGAAGGCCAACUGGCUGGUCUGUCACAGCUCACCUGGCUCUAUCUAGAUCACAACAACAUUGACAUUGUAGAGGAGGGUGCAUUUGACAGGCUAAGACGGGUCAAGGAGUUGGACCUCAGCAGCAACCGGAUUGAGAGCCUGCCAAAUGGUACCUUUAGGCCCCUCCCAAACCUGCGCAUCCUGGACCUCUCAUACAACAGGCUGCAGGCACUAGAGCCUGACCUGUUCCACGGCCUUAGAAAGCUCACCAAUUUGCAUUUGCGCUACAAUGCUCUCAAAUUUGUGCCAGUGCGGAUUUUUCAAGACUGCCGGAGCAUGCAGUUUCUGGACUUGGGAUACAACCAACUGCAGAGCCUGGCACGAAACUCCUUCGCUGGCCUCUUCAAGUUGACUGAGUUGCAUCUUGAGCACAAUGAGCUAGUUAAAGUCAACCUAGCCCACUUCCCUCGCCUCAUCUCUUUACGCACCCUGUACAUGCACAACAAUCGUGCCACCAUUGUUGUCAAUACACUGGACUGGACAUGGCAUUUUUUAGAGAAGAUUGACCUGUCAGCCAAUGAAAUCGAGUACAUUGAGCCACAUGUUUUUGAGAGUGCACCCAACCUUAAGGUGCUGAUGCUAGACUCCAAUCGAUUGACCUCUGUGGACCAGCACAUCCUGGAUUCGUGGUCAUCUCUGGACAGCAUUACCCUGGCAGGGAAUGACUGGGAGUGCAGUCGCAACGUGUGUGCCUUGGCCUCUUGGCUGAGUGCCUUCCGAGGCCAGCGUGACAAUUCCCUGCUGUGUUCAACCCCCGACACUGCACAGGGCGAGGAUGUGUUGGAUGCUGUCUACGCUUUUCAGCUAUGUGAGGAUGCCCCAAUGGAGGUAACUACAGCAGGCCUGUACGCCUCUACACGAGAUCUGGCCCAGGGCGGCUCUGUUUUCCUGGGCCCAUUUACUCCCAACCCUUAUGAGGGUGAGGGUAGUGAGGUGGUCACCAGUUCUUUCACUGUCACAGUGGGGCAUGACGACAUCGAGAGCACCAUGCAGAUCCACAAGGUGGUGACUGGCACCAUGGCACUCAUCUUUUCCUUUCUCAUCAUUGUGCUCAUGCUCUAUGUGGCAUGGAAGUGCUUUCCUGCCGGAAUAAGACAACUGAGGCAGUGCUUCAGCAGUCAGCGUCGUAAGCAGAAGCAAAAGCAAAGCAUGCAGCAGAUGGCUGCAAUUUCUACACCGGAGUACUAUGUUGACUAUAAACCUAACCACAUUGAGGGAGCUCUGGUGAUCAUCAAUGAAUAUGGCUCUUGCACUUGCCAGCAGCAACCUUCUCGGGAAUGUGAGGUGUGACCCUGCUUUGUGAGUACGUCUUUAACUGUGAUUAUCUGGAUAUACAGUAAACCCCUUUUUUGGAUACACUGGGGAGGGGAAUAUUGCGGGACAGAAGGAAUAAAGGGAUCUUUUGGACACUUUUUACACAGCGUCUCACUGUGAUGUGGAAGGAGUGUGCUUUAUGCGGCUGACUAUUUCGUGGUGGAUUUACUGCUACCGCUAUCUACUGCUGAUUUGAGGCCACAGGGCAUAAUAGGCCCCUGACUCUUGGACCUGUUGAUGUUCUACAGAAACACAGAGAGGAAUACAUUGUGGGCACUGAGGCUUUUCUCUCAUGGGUGGAUAUUUGAGCUUUAAUGUGUCUUUCUACUUCAGGACAUUUAAUUAUUGUUUAAAACAAACUGGGGACACACAAAAGAAGAAAAAAAAA